CCCGACUGGGCAUCCUCUCUUUUCCUGCGCACCUGCAGCGGCAAUAGCUGAGCCCACGGCGGGCUGUACUUCUCACAAGGAAAUGUUACUGUAGAAGAUUAGUCAGAUGCCUCCUCUACUUUCCUUGCAUCACAUGGCAUGGCAUGCAAGGUUAGGAAUAUUGACUUAAUUAAUUUAAAUGCAUGAAUAAUUAGGCAAACACAAUGGAAGGCACUCAUACUGUCCUCCAGUUGUACAGACCCGCUAUGGAGCUUUGCUACGUCAGUUUCUAUCUCCCAAAGGGAAAAGUCAGAGGAUUUACAUACAAGGGUUGUGUAACUCUAGACAAAUCCAAUAAACGUUUUCAUAAUUGCUAUCAAGUGAGGGAAGGCUCUGAAGAAGCAGGAUCAAGAGGACAGACCUGUGAAAACAUUGGAGACAUCUUUUUCAAACAAACGACGACUAAGGAUAUUCUUACUGAGCUCUAUAAACUAAAUGCCGAAAAAGAAAGGCUCUUGGCUACUCUGCUUAGUUCAACCCACAUUCUAGGUGUUAAAAUGGGAAAUCAGGAUGGAAAGCUGCAAGAAGUUUCUGAAAGCCAGAAAUAUAAAAAUGAUGACCACCUGGAUCACCAAGAGUCUCUUUCAGGAUCCAUGGAGAAAAAGAAAAAUAAAAAAGCAAGGAAACCUAGCAAACGGAGAGAGAGCAUUGAGGACUUCAUAAACAAAAAAAUGAAAAGAAAGAGUCCUGCAAUUUUGGAAUCUUCAGCAGUGAACCGCAAAGAAAUAUUGUUGGGAAAUGACAAAUUACUUUCCGCCAAAUAUCCUGCUGAUGUCUCUUCCAGUUUUUUCACAUGUUCUUAUCAAGAGAAGGUGGAAGGCAAAGAUGAUUCAUCAUCAGAUGUGAAUAAACUACCAGAAAGAUCAAGGAGAGAGUGGUAUUUACUUGAGAACAGUCAGGCUAUGGGUUCCGAUACAGAUCUCUCUGUUUCUUUCUCAGAGUAUGAUAAUGAUGUGUUUGGACAUUGUUUUGCACAUCCCAGCCAUAGUCUGUUAGAUGAUGUAGAGGAUACCCUUAAAGUGAUUCAGGUGCAGCAGCACAACCCAUUGCUAAACCGUUUUCAAGAAACUUCCAUCAAAAAACCCAAGGUGUUUGAUAAGACUGUAGCACCUGAAGUGAUGCAUGGGUAUAACCUUAUUGCAGGGAACGGCAAAAGCAAAUCUGAAGACAGAGAGGUUUCUAAAGCACAAGUUGGAAGUGCCUCUGUAGAAUAUGGUCAAAUAUCUUAUACCACCAGUAAGAAGAGCAAAGAACCAACUGGUUCUGAUUUUGGCACCGCAAUGCAGGUGAAAGCAUACGAAGGCUAUAUCCAGCAAAGUAAAGAAGAACAAGAUCAUGUUAUUGAUGAAUCAUGUAGUCUAGUGGGAGCAGUCAAUAAAACCUUACUGAAAGUUAUUCAGACUGAUAGGUUAGAUGAAACUGCAGAGUGGAAGAGAUUACAACAUAUAUCAAGCCCAACAGGCUUGGUAUAUGAAAAAAGAGAAAAAAGAACUCCGGUACCCCAAGAGAACAAACAUUUGUCUUUACACCUGCCAAUACAUUUGAAUCCUGAUAUUUGUCAGACGAGGACUAAUGUUAAACAGGAAGAUAAAAGGCCGCUGUCUCCAUCUUUAGUAGCGGUUAGCAAUGUUUUUAAUACUUCAUAUCCACCAUCCAAUACACACAAACAGAUGUCGCCUCUUCCUUCUCCUUUAUCCUCAAGUCUGCCUAGCCCACAGCUUCACCACAGAAUACUUCCAUUGCCCACGCUUGACACUGAAGAAUCUGUGUUUAGUGACUAUGACAGUUCAAGUCAUUCUACUACAAAUUUCCCAUUGGGUAAAGACUUGGAAGUACAGUUGCAUCUCAAGUUUUCUGAAUUUGGACAUCCUGGACUUUCUCUGAGACAACCAGGCCUAUAUCAAGGUGGUAAUGUGGACCCUUUAGAAAAAAACAGCAUUCAACUACAGCCUCGACUGAAUUCAGGUUAG